AUGAUGCCACAGAAUUCAAGUAGAAUUGAUUGUGGUAAUGAAUGCGAUUCGAACCAAAGCUCACCGAUCAAUAAAGAACCUGCAGAGGAAAUAGAAUUGGUAACAGACAAAAAUGAUGCUGACGUUGAAGGUUCAACACCAGAACCAGAAGAGAAUGACCCCCCAGAUCAAAAAUCUACUAACUUUCAAAGUAGUUCCACAGAUGACGAACUGUUUUGCCUUGUACCGGGUCGUCUCUCUUUAUUAAGUGCUACACAAAAAUACAGGGUUUCUUUAGAUGAAGUUCGAAGGCGUCUUUCCAAUCCAGAAUGUCUUAAUGCAUCUGUACUUGGUGGAAUACUUAGAAGAGCCAAGUCCAAAAAUGGUGGGCAUCACCUUAGACAGAGACUUGAAGCCAAAGGACUGUCUCUUCCAGCUGGUCGUAGAAAGGCAGCUGAAUUAUCUCUGUUAACAUCUCUUGUUGAGGGAGAAGCUCUACAUCUUGCUGAAGAUUUCCGACGUCUGUGUGAAAAUGCUUUUCCUCAUACGGAAUUAGCUCAGAUUAUCGGGGCUCAGCAUAUAAAUACUCCACAUGUUGAUAGAAGAAUAUCCAUGGUACAAGCUGCACAGGUACUUAUUCAAGAGCUUCAGGCCAUGGUCAAUACUGUAGGAGGUCCCACAAACCUACGUCCUGAUGACCCAUCAAAUCCAUAUCCUGGUCUAACAAAUUUCAGCUUGCUAUCUCAUGGAUUUGGUAAUCCUAAUAUUAGUGCUGUUCUAUCA